AAUUUUCAAAUUACAUGCAGAAAUAACACUGCAAAAUCAGUUGUUUUCAAUAAAAUAAAAAUGAAAAGCUCCUCUGCAAUCAAUGAAAAACUUUGUCAAGGCAAAGAUGUGUUUGAAAGAAUUAACUAUUUAUAUCAGGCUAGUCAAAUGGUUUCAUCAAAAAAUAGUUCUUUAGCAUCGUACUACAACUCUAUACUUGUGGGAUGUGCAAAAAAAUCUGUCCUAAGAUUAGACCACAAUCUCAAAAGAUCAAUAUGUAAAACGUGUCAGUGUCCUCUCAUUCCUGGAGAAACAGCUCAAGUUCGUUUGUUGGGGAAAAAAAAGAAAAUAAUGAAGACCACAUGCCUAGCAUGCAAAAGCACCAAAAAUAUACCCACUAAAGGAGAACAAACUUUGUGGUCCGAGCAACCAGAAGCUCUGUUGGAGACAUUUGAUUACAAACCCAAACUAAAAAAAGUUAACAUCGAUGAAGACUAUGCCUCAAGUGACGUCAAAAACUUGCGUUUAUGGGAAACAAAUUUGCUAGAAGUCGUCUGGCAGUUCUAUAGCAAGCUCCUGGCGUAA